CUAAGUCUUUUAGCAAUACAGGACAGCUGUGCUGGUCCAAUGCCAAGUCAAUAUCUCAACAAUAUAUGUCAGCGAAAUAAUGGAGUCGUCCCAUUCCUGUGUCCUAAUCCCAUGUUUUUGUUUUAGGAAUCUUCUUGGAUCCAACACCAUAAGUAAAAAUUCCUUUUUUUAUACAUAAACACAAAAACCAUGAAUCGGGUAGGACAUGUCCCCGUUAGUGACACAUAUGUGGUACCAGUACUAUAAAAAAUGGUAACAUUACUAAACUACUGUUAAACGUGUCCGUGAGACAGUUCUCUUUAAAAACACCAAAAAAAUAGAGAAAGAGCGAAUCCAGAGUUCACUGUAGUGAAAGAGUGACUGAAGAAACAUGGUGAGGACACCUUCCUGUGACGAAAAUGGAAUGAGGAAAGGGACCUGGACUGCUGAGGAAGACAGGAAACUGAUUGCCUAUGUCACUCGCUACGGCUGCUGGAACUGGCUCCAAAUCCCCAAAUUCGCAGGGCUGAAAAGGUGCGGGAAGAGUUGCAGGCUUCGGUGGAUGAAUCACCUACAGCCCAAUGUGAAGAGAGGGGAUUACAGUGCAGAAGAAGAAGAAACCAUCCUCAACCUCCACUCAACCCUUGGAAACAGAUGGUCAGCAAUUGCGGCCCAUCUUCCUGGCCGAAGUGACAACCAGAUCAAGAAUCACUGGCACACCAGCCUGAAGCAACGCGCGAGGCAACGAAUCAAUAAGGAAGAGAAAGUGGACGAAACCGGGAAGAAGGAGGAGGAGGCGGUGAAGAUUCCAGAAGGAGUUCAAGUAAUGGAGAGCAGCUCUUCCAUUAGCUCCACGUCAAUGGCAGCAACUUCAGAGUCGAAUAAUGUGAGUGAGCCCGGUUCUAUGUCAAUGAUCGCAUCUUGGGCCGGGUUCACCGAUGAGCUCGUGUCCGACGACGCGAGCUUCUUCGCCGAUGUGUGGGAGGCGGAAGCAGCAGCCGCGGCGGCGGGAGUUUACUUCAGUGAUGAGUUGGAGAGGGAGUGCUACGGAGUGUGGACAGAGUCACUGCUCGCAACUGAUAAUUACUACUGGCAAGAGCCCAGUAGCGACUUCUUCUCCAGUUUGGCAGAGGAAGAGCCUCAAUCGCCAUUGUUUAGCUGAAAGGCAGCGAUCAUUUCAUCAUUUGGAAGAGAGAAAAAUAUUUCUCUUCCUUCUUUCAUUCCUUUUUCGUGUACCAAGUCCAUUACAAGACAAACCCAGCUCAGAUGGGUGAAACGAGCGAAGGGUAAAAAAUGAAAGAGUGCAAUAAGG